AAGACAACCACCAGGCCGACGGUGCCUGACAGCCCCCACGUGCACUGCUUUGUAACCCGCAUCAGUACCAGUGACUCCCAUACUUACCGCCUGAGCUUCUUUGUAAAUACAUAGUCAUAUCACACUCCAUAGCAUCAACAAGAACCCUGCCCAAGCUACCGCCACCAUGGCCGCCCUCAAGUUCGCGCCCUGGCAAAGCGAUGUCGACGUGCAGUUCUAUGCUGCACUUGCGCAUAUCAAGAUCAACCAUGACAAGCUCGACGACUCGGCGCGUAAGGUGCUCGGGCUAUACGAGACUCGUCCCGCCGACCACUCCUCGCGCUCGAUGCGUGUGCAGAUACACCCAAAUGCACUGACCUCAGACGACACUCCUCCGAACUACUGCCGCGCUGAGGGUAUUAUCAAGAACUGCAACACGAUCGAGGACUACAAGAACCUCGACCGCGCAGCCAUCCUUGACCGAUGCGCCCAAACAAUAUGGGAUGCUAUCCACGACGGCUCGAUCUACGAAUGCCCCUCGCUCCUCUCCUCCUUCACAGCCAUCAUCUUUGCGAACCUCAAGAAAUACAAGUUCACCUACCACUUCGGCUUUCCAGCGAUCCAGUCCGACCCACCGUGGAAGCAGAUCGGUGAGACAAGCAGGCUGAGCCCAGGCGAGACGACACAUCUGGUCGACGCAGUGCAGACAUUCAAGUACAGCAACGAUGUACGACAAAGAGGCUUUUUCAUCGCAAAGCGCGUCCGUGGUGGCGAUGAGGUCGACGACACGCCAAAGACGCCAGUCACGCCAGUGGAAGAGAUAGGCUACAAGUGGGUGGUUGGGAAGCUGGGGGCAUACGAGAAAGGCUUCUUCGACGACGUGGACAGCCAGGACCGCUUCAUCUGCUUCUCAGAUCCGUCGACAUACGAUGAAAACCCCGGGUGGCCGCUGAGAAACCUGCUUAUCCUCAUGCGACACCGCUGGCGGCUGAACGACGCGCAGAUAAUAUGCUACCGCGAUACACACCUACGGAGAGACCAGUCAAACUCGCUCAUUCUGCAGCUACGAUCAGAUCCCGUCGCCGAGGUGUCCUCGACAGCCACCGAAGGGCCGAGUGCUCGCCCCAACCCACCCAAGCUCCCCAAGGUCACAGGCUGGGAGCGCACGGAAGCUGGCAAGCUGACCUCACGAAAUGUCGACCUAUCUGAGUACAUGGACGAGCGCAAGCUGGCAGACCAGGCCGUCGACCUCAACCUGAAGCUCAUCAAAUGGCGCAUUGCGCCCAACAUUGACCUGGACGUGAUCAAGAACUGCAAGUGUCUGCUGCUCGGCGCUGGUACACUGGGUUCGUAUGUCUCGCGCAUACUAAUGGGUUGGGGUGUUCGGAAGAUCACAUUCGUCGACAACGCCAACGUCAGCUUCUCAAACCCUGUCCGCCAACCGCUAUUCAACUUCAACGACUGCCUGCAAGGUGGUGCGAAGAAAGCAGAGCGUGCGGCUGCAGCACUCACAGAGAUCUACCCUGGAGUUGACGCGCAAGGCCAUGUGAUGGAAGUCCCUAUGCUCGGGCACCCCAUCACAGACACCGAGAAGACGAAACAGAACUUCGACAAACUCGAGAAGCUCAUCGCCGAACACGACGCCAUCUUCCUCCUCAUGGACACGCGCGAAAGCAGAUGGUUGCCGACCGUCAUGGGCAAGUCCGCCGGCAAAAUCGUGCUCAACGCUGCCCUCGGCUUCGACACCUUCGUCGUAAUGCGGCACGGCCUACGACCAACAGAGAACAGCGACACCAACGGCGAAGUAGAACUAGGCUGCUACUUCUGCAAUGACGUUGUCGCCCCCGCCGACUCCCUCAGCAACGCAACCCUCGACCAACAAUGCACCGUGACCCGCCCAGGCAUCGCCCCCCUGGCCUCCUCCCUCCUCGUCGAACUCCUCAUCUCGACCCUCCAACACCCGCUCCUGGCGCGCGCCCCUCCUCCCCUACCCCCCAACACCCCCUCCCCUCCCCUCCCAGCCGCGAAACCCUCCCACCCCUCCCUACCCCCCACAUUCACAAACCCCCUCGGCUCCACCCCGCACACCCUCCGCGGCUACCUCUCGUCCUUCAGCCACAUCCCGCUCGUCGGGCAGCCGUACGACGCGUGUUCGGCGUGCAGCCGCGUGGUGCUGGCGGCGUACGAAGAGGAUCCGUGGGCGUUUGUGCAGAGGGCGCUGGGCGAGAGGGGGUGGGUCGAGGAGAUGAGUGGGUUGGCGGAGGUGCAGCGGCGGGCGGAGGAGGCGGAGGCGGGGAUGGAGUGGGAUAGUGAGGAGGAGGGGGGUUUGGACGGGGACGGUGAGCUUUUGUAGGGGGUUGGGGAGAGUGUGGGGGAGGUUUGAGGG